AUGUCAAAUCUCAACAAGCUUCAUUUUGUUGCUUUGGAAGUUUCCGGAAGGAACUACCUCAAAUGGACCCAAGAUGUCAAGCUCCAUUUGACUGCAAAUAAGAUGAGAUCCAUGAUUUAUGCUGACAACAUCGUCCCUGAAGAUAUGAAGGCAAGGGCUAUGAUUUUCAUUAGGAAACAUAUGGAGGAAGCACUCAAGGUGGAAUAUUUAGCUGAAGAGGACCCACGGUCCCUUUGGGUCACUCUAGAAGAGCGAUUCAACCAUCAGAGGACUAUCAACUUGCCAGAAGCAAGGCACGACUGGCAGAACAUACGUUUCCAGGAUUUCAAGACUGUCAAUGAGUAUAACUCUGAAAUCUACAAGAUUCGGUCACUCCUAAAAUUCUGUGGAGAAGAGCUCACAGAAGCUUAUCUAUUGGAGAAAACUUUCUCCACCUUCCCUCCUUCCUGUAUGGUCCUGCAACAACAAUACAGGGAGAGAAACUUUGCUAGAUUCUCAGAAUUUGUCACCGUCCUGUUGCUCACUGAAAAGAACAACGACCUACUUUUGAGAAAUGAUCAAGCAAGGCCCACCGAUACUAGAGCAGUUCCUUUGCCUGAAGCAAAUGCUAUUGCCCAUCUCGAAAAUAAUCGCGCAAGCAGAAAUCGGGGUCGUGGGAGGGGAAGGAGGCCUGAACGUCCGAGAAUGGAAGGAGAUAUGGGCCCAGAAAUGGCCCAUAUGACUGUGACCAUCAAGGUAAUCGCCCAAGGGGUCGAGAAGGACGUGGACAAGGCCCACAUGGUGGAAACCGAAAUGCCCAGGUCCAACAAGCUCAAAUUAGAGAGAAUGUUGGCCCGGCCCGUCACCCUCAGAAUCAGCAUAAUCUAUGUUAUAGAUGUGGAGGCACUGACCAUUGGUCCCGCACCUGCCGUGCAACAAAUGAAGAGAUAG